CCCAGAGGCCAGCACCGGGUGCCUGGGGAGAGAGGGGGCAGAGUGGCAGAAGUGCCCCUUCUCCAGGGCCACUGGACUGGGGUGGGGGCAGGAGGAGGGAGGCCUUUUCCUGAAACCCAGUCUUCAGAUCCCGCGUCUAGAGAGGAGCCAGGAAAGAAUUCUGGAAGCCAGAGAGAAGCAAAGAGAUGGAGGGUGGGGACCAAAGUGGAGAAGAGCUGAGAGAGCAGAGCCAGGCCACCGGAAUGGUGCCUCCCCAGAGCCAGGAGGUCUCUGCAGAGGAGGGAAGGACUGCUGAAUGGAGCAGACACUGGGCCGUGACCAGAAGGGUGCUGAUCGCUGUCCUGCUUCUUGGCCUGCUCCUUGGUUCUUCUGUACUUUGGCUCUACAUUUUCUUGAGCUGUGGUCCUCGCCCCUGUGAAACACCUGUGUGUUGGGAUCUCCGGGCCAGAUACCUGGCCUUCAGAAACACCAGUGUGGCCCCCUGCAAUGACUUCUUCAGCUUUGCCUGCAACCGUGCCAAAGGGACCAAUCAUUCUUUUCAAGCUCUUGCAGAGGAGAACAAAAGCAGGCUGCAGAGAAUACUAGAGGCCCCAGGGUCGUGGCGCCCAGGCUCUGGGGAGGAGAAAGCCUUCCAAUUCUAUAAGUCUUGCAUGGACACAGACGCCAUUGAAGCUUCAGGGGCUGGUCCCCUCAGACAAGUUAUUGAGGAGCUUGGAGGCUGGAACAUAUCUGGAAACUGGACUUCCUUAGACUUUAACCGAACUCUGAGGCUUCUCAUGAGUCAAUAUGGCCACUUCCCAUUCUUCAGAGCCUAUCUUCGACCUCACCCUUCCCCUCCACACACGCCAGUCAUCCAGAUAGACCAGCCAGAGUUUGGCAUUCCUCUCAAGCAAGAGCAGGAACAGAAGAUCUAUGCUCAGAUUGUGCGCGCAUACCUGAACUACCUGAAUCACCUGGGAACCUUGCUGGGAGGUGACCGUGGAAAUGUGCAUCAACACGCCUCCCUGUCCACCACCAUCACCUCCAGACUGUCCCAGUUUCUGAGGCCCCUGGAGCAGCAGCAGGACAAGUUCUUCACUAUGAUCACUAUUGAGCAACUGCAGGAAAUGGCCCCUGCCAUCGAUUGGUUGUCCUGUUUGCAAGCAACAUUUACACCGAUGUCCCUGAGUCCCUCUCAGCCACUGGUGGUCCAUGACCUGGACUAUUUAAGAAACAUGUCACAAGUGGUGGAAGAAAUGCUGCUGAGCGACAGUAGGAAUGUCUUGCAGAGCCACAUGAUCUUCGGGCUGGUGUGGACCCUUUCCCCAGCCCUGGACAGUAAAUUCCAAGAGGCACGCAGAAAGCUGACGGAGGAACUGCUGGAGCUGACAGAACGACCACCCAUGCCAGCCCAACCACGAUGGAUGAAGUGUGUGGAGGAAACAGGAGCCUUCUUUGAGCCUACCCUGGCAGCCUUGUUUGUUCGUGAGGCAUUUGGCCAGAGCAUCCAAAGUGCUGCCAUGGAGUUGUUCACUGAGAUCAAAGAUGCCCUCAUCGUACGCCUCAAAAAGCUUCCCUGGAUAAGUGAAGAAACCCGGAAAGAGGCCCUGGACAGGGUCACCCAACUGAAAGUGGAGAUGGGACCCCCCCAAAGGACUCUGAAGCCAGAACUGGCCAGACAAGAAUACAGUGAUAUACAAAUUGGACCCAGCUUCCUGCAGUCUUUCCUGAGCAGUGUCCGGUCUCUUCGGGCUAGAAAUGUCCAAAGUUUCUUGCAGCCUUUCUCCUCCCACAGAUGGCCAGUGUCUCCCUGGGCAGUCAAUGCUUACUAUUCCAUAACUGACCAUGUGGUGGUCUUCCCGGCUGGCCUCCUCCAACCUCCAUUCUUCCACCCUGGCUACCCAAGAGCGGUGAACUUUGGCGCAGCUGGCAUUAUCAUGGCCCAUGAGCUCCUGCACAUCCUCUACCAGCUCUUACUCCCUGGAGGCUGCCAAGCCUGUGACUCCCAUGCCCUACAGGAGGUGCUCCUGUGCCUGGAGAACCAUUACGCCGCCUUCCCACUUCCCAGCAGAACUUCCUUCAGCAGCUGCCACACGCGGCUGGAGAACGCUGCAGAUACGGCAGGAGUGGCCAUUGCUUUGCAGGCUUACAGUAAGAGGCUUUCAUUGUACCGUGGGGAGACCGCCCUGCCCAACGAGGCCUUCAACCCCCACCAGCUUUUCUUCCAAAGCUAUGCCCAGGUGAUGUGUGGAGAGCUCAGUGCUCCAGACCCUCUGGACUCUCAUAGCCCUCCCAGUCUUCGAGUCAACGGACCCCUCCGCAACAACCCAGCCUUUGCGAGACAUUUUCAGUGUGCACACGGUACCCCCAUGAGCCCCUCCAGCCGCUGUCAGCUCUGGUAACUGGACUGUCAGAGAGAUCACAGGCACCUGCUCACACCUGUCAGGCCCUAAACCGGGAGUUGGAGCAAUUGUUUCUUUCCCCUUCAAUAAAAGCUGGCACUUGGCAUCUGCCAUCUCUUAA